ACCCAUGGAUCCUAAAAAGAAAUGAAUGAGUCUUGCGGUAAUUUCUACUUCAAAUCUGAAAGGAAACCGGUAUGUAUGCUCUUGUUGGAUUUAGCAAACGUUUGCUUUUAUUUGAGUCUUCCACACAAGUUGCAGUGACCAUUUCUCGCCCACAAUUAUAAGCUGCAGUGUUCAUCAGCAUUAAUUCUAUUCUAUAGCUAGAGCAUAACAAAAGAAAAAGCAGCCAUGCAUACUUAUUUGAUGGCAAAACGUUUGAAAGAUUUUUGGGACAACUGGGGCAUCGAAGUGCUAGUGACGGUGAGCUGUGGCAUGCAUAUGGUGCUCACUCUCUUUGGGAGCAGCAGAAGGCGUAUGACAGCACGUCAAGGCCUAGUGAGAUUUAUAAUCUGGUCUGCCUAUCUCCUGUCAAGUUAUGUUGUUACCGUUAUCAUAGGUAAGCUCACUCUCAUACAAGUCAAUGAGUCAACUAAAGAGAACACUGAUAGUGAAUUGAAGGGCUUUCUAGCACCAUUGCUUCUUGUGCAACUAGGAAGCCGAGAUGCCAUCACCGCCUAUUCAAUCGAAGAUGAUCGAUUGGGACUCAGGCAAUUUCCCAACGUGGUGGCCCAGUUAAGUGCUGUGUUGUGGAUUCUUUUCAGGUCAUGGAAUAAUUCUCUGGUUUCAUAUCUUUAUUUCCCUUUGUUACUGGCCGGAUCCAUCAAGUAUGGAGAGAAUGCAUGGGCACUGUACACAGCACUAAGUGGGAGUUCUGGCAUUACAACUGAUGAAUUUGAACAAGAGGAAGCUAUUCAGAAUGUUUUCAAGCACGACAAAGACAUUCCAAAUAACCGAAAUCUGGAAAUGAUCUUAAAGGGCUAUUACCGCUUUUUUUGCUUGAAGCCUCACAUCGAAACUUGGAUUUACAGGCCUUUAUACCAAAAGCUUAAUGAGCUGUCCAUUGAUAAUAUUGAUUCACCUCUUGAAAUCUUCCAAAUCACAGAUUUCGAACUGGGUUUCAUGUAUGAUGUUCUCUAUACGAAAGCCCCAAUCGUUUAUACCCGGACGGGUUUUGUUCUUCGCCUCAUCACUUCUCUAAGUUUGGUUUCCUGUUCAAUUGCUUUUGCUAUUUGGUUCAAAGACGCCUUUGUCUAUUACAUAAAUGCAGGUUUCACUAUUGUGGUUCUAGGGGUGAUUCUUACGCUAGAGAUUUAUCAGAUCUACAUGCUCUUGUUCUCAGAUUGGGCAAUACUAACGAUGAUCAGACACAGCAAGAAUCCAAUCGUGAGGCGACUGUUGAUUUUUCUAGCUCCCCAAGCAACCAGAUGGAAAAGGUGGUCCAACACAUUGGGACAGUUCAACUUGAUACGCUACUGCCUUGACUACGAUAAUCUCUGUUGCAGUAGAAUCCUCAAGCUCGCAAGCUUGGACAUACAAAUCACGAAGUAUUUCUGCACAACCAGCGUAGGAAUUCCUGAUGAGUUGAAAAAAAUGUUGAUUCAUGAAAUGGGAAAGCCGGAGGAGCCUAGACAACCCAUCAGCAAGAGAGGUGAGUGGGCACUGGGCAGGUAUGGAAUCACCGAACUGUACAAAAGUGUGGAUGGUACAGAAUUCGAUAAGAGCAUCUUAGUUUGGCACCUUGCAACCGAGAUUUGUUACCAUUCGCAUAUUCAAUUCGAACAUUCUAACUCAAAAAUAAAGAUGGGGAGGUAUCUGUCUAACUACAUGAUGUAUCUUCUUGCCUUACGAUCUCAGAUGCUGUCCAUCACCACCUCUGAGAUAGUACUCGAGGAUGGACGCAAGCAAAUCAUGGAGUUUCUAAAAGGCAAAUCCUCAGUAAAAAAUGUCGAAAGAGUAUGCAGGGAAUUGAAGGAGCUGAACGUUGAAGGAAAAAAUUAUAAGGCAGAACCUCAGACCAUGGUAACCAGGGAUUGGUACCUACUCACGGACGCAAAACAGGUGAGUGAGAAUCUACUGGGGAGGGUGGGGGAUACAUGGGAUGUGAUAUUCAGUGUGUGGGUGGAGAUGCUUUGUUUUGCCGCCACUCAUUGUCGGGCCGACAAUCAUGCCGAGCAGCUCCGGCGAGGAGGGGAGAUUGUGACUCAUGUCUGGCUCAUGCUUCUCCACCAGACAGACGCUGGAGGCAGCGGCAGUAAUGAUCAACCUUAGCCCUCUUCAACAAGCAUCGGAUAAUUUGUUGUAUUGAUUGUCUAGCAUAUAUGGCAUUUUUAUUUUUAAAAUGUUUUUUGGUCAAAACCAUAGGUGGCUUUGUUAAGGGGAUUUGAUUUUUCCAAAUAAACCACUGGCUUGUAUAAAAAUAGAAGAGCAGUCAGUGAGUUGUGGAUUGAUUUGUAUGACCAAAGCUCAUUGUUUUCAAUGAGUUUACUAUCUUUCGUUGUAUUGGGAUAUGGUUUGUAAGUUACAUUAGACAUUUUAGUUUAAUUUUUAUAAAUGUUACAUAUUAUCA